AUGGAUCGUAGUUGGAUGUAUGGUAGACGUGAUAAAAAGGAUUUCAUGCAUGGGGUUUCGGAGUUCUGUAUGAGUGCUUUACAACAUCAAGCUAGUACGGGGGUCAAAGAGUUUUAUUGUCCUUGUGCCGAUUGUGAGAAUGUGAACACGGUCAAUAAUGUUUUGGUGAUUAGAGAUCAUGUAUUUAUGCGUGGGUUUAGACCUAAUUACCAUGUAUGGGUUUAUCAUGGUGAGAGUGGAGUGUACGUAAGUAAUUCUAGUAAGAAUGUUGUGCAUGAACAAGAAGAAGCUAUCUAUGCGGAAGGGGAAGCCGAUUGUUUUGAGGAUGAGGAUGACGAUGACGUUGAAAAUAAUAUUGAUGAUGAUAAUGAUCGUGUCGAGGACAUGUUGCACGAGGUCGAGGAUGAAGUUCGCGAUCGUGUUUUUGAGUGCUUGUCUAAGGCGGCUGAAACGCCAUUGUAUCCUGGUUGUACAAAGUAUAGCAAGCUUUCCGCUGUUUGCACACUCUACAAUAUCAAGACAAGCGGAGGCUGGACUGACAUUAGUUUCACUGAGUUGUUGGUGGCGCUAAGUGAUAUGUUACCGGCUGGCAAUGAACUUCCCAGGUCGAACUAUUAUGCCAAGAAGCUCAUGUGUCCCUUUGGUUUAGAGUACAAGAAGAUACAUGCUUGUCCAAACGAUUGUCUGCUAUAUCAUAAGCAGUAUAUGAAUUUGGAUAUGUGUCCACGGUGCGGAGUGUCGCGUUACAAACGCAAAGGGGUAAGCGAGGGUAAGAAUGUGUACCCAGCUAAGGUGUUGUGGUAUCUUCCCAUAAUACCGAGAUUCAAGCGCUUGUUUUCGAUAAAAAAAGAUGCAAGGAAUUUGAGGUGGCAUGCAGAUCCUGAUCGAAGGAAGAGAGAUGGUUUGCUUAGGCAUCCUGCUGAUUCUCCCCAGUGGAAGACUAUUGACAAGCUUCAUGACACUUUUGGUAAGGAACCUCGGAAUUUGAGGCUUGGGUUAUGUACGGAUCGGAUGAAUCCAUUUGGCACUCUUAGCUCCCAACAUAGUACAUGGCCAGUACUUUUAGUCAUAUAUAAUUUACCUCAUUGGUUGUGUAUGAAACGCAAGUACAUCAUGUUGUCGCUUCUUAUAUCGGGGCCUAAACAACCGGGAAACGACAUAGAUGUCUAA